AUGUGUGUUGGAUGUAAUUGCAAGGGAGGAAUUACUAAGCGAGAAACGAAACGAAGUCACGGACUACAAUGGCCUGUGGAUAUAUUCCAAGUUAUUGCAUGGAUCGGAUUAGUAUUUAUGCAUGUAGAUUUUUAUAUAAUGGUUACCACAGUUUCAAGAAUUGAAUAUCAAGUGAUUGCAACUGUUAUUUAUUUUAUACUCUCUAUCAUUAGCGCAACAACACACAUCAUUUUGACAUUUUACGAUGCAGCUGAUGAACAUAUAAAAUUAAAGGAAAAGGGACUAGAACCCGUGUAUGAAGGAAAGAAAAUAGUAUUUUGCAAACAUUGCAAGUUAAUUGUAUACGAGACGAGCAAACACUGUAAAUUAUGUAUGAAAUGCGUACAAGGUUUUGAUCAUCAUUGCCGAUGGCUCAACAUGUGCAUUGGAGAAAAGAAUUACAAAAUAUUUUUCGUUUUCUUGACUGACACAUACUUUCUCCUGCUCUAUGUUUUUUUAGCGAAAGUGGCAUAUGUGAUUGAAGGAAGCAUUAAUUUUGAAGAUUUUUCAAAGAGACUGCUCGCAAUCUACUCAUUCUCUCAUCCAAUUGCACAUUUAGUUGUAGUUGGGGUUGGAGGAAUUGUGACCUUAAUAGUUGCUCUUUCACUCACUCAGCUAUUUUUCCUUCACAUCAAACUAAUUUAUCUAAAAAAGACAACCUACGAAUACUUGAUGGAGAAACGUGCACUAGAAGUCGCAGCAUUGGAACAACGAAACGCAGAACGAAACGACCGGAGAGCCGAAGAAAUGGCAAAUGCUGAUACACAACAUGAAACCUCAACUGCAAACACUGAAAGUUCCCUUUCAUAUCACAUUGAAAAGUAUUCCAAUCGUAUCUUUCCUCAUCAGCCUUACAUGCAACCUCAGUCACACUCGACCAAUAACAGUCAAAAAUCCAUGCCAACAACAGCCCAUGAAACACCAGCGGCUGAGGUUACUUCCAAAUCGUUGGAAUUUUCCAAUUUACAAGUCAAAAGAACUAGUUCCAAUCUCAUUGCAACCAAAGGAGAGAUGGGUGUUCAUCACAAAAACGAACAAGACACAAACGCCAGUACGGAUAGCAUUGUCAUUAAUUGUGACCGUUCCUAUGGAGGAAGAAGCCCUCGAAAUUUUGAUCAUUCUCUUCAAUCGCCGAGAAGACAAACCAAGUCGUCCGGUAAUGUGAAAGGAGACCAAAUAUUGACUCCAUCCCCCAGGAAUCAUAAUCCAACAGAGGGUGAAUCUGUUCAAUUGUCUGUUGGAUGUAAUGAAUUUAUUUCAGGAAAUGUUGUGGAUGUGUUGCAAAAGAAUGAGGACGAUCUUGAGGCGAACCAACAUGUUCAGACAACUCCUGUGGAAGAUACGCGGUAA